CCAUUCAUAAGGAGAGGAGGAGAGCCUGGUAGGCCACUGCACAGUCUGCGCUGCACACACCCACACUGCAGGCUAUAGUACGCACAGCAGAAACAUGGCUGUACUCGGGAGUUAUUCGACACCUUUACUUGGAAUCAGCAUCUUCAUCGCUGCUCUGACCUACAUCACCUACAAGCUGCUCAGCGGGUACCUGGACAAAUGGUUCACGAUGAAGCCCAUUCCUCAGGCCGACGGAACCUACAUCUUUAUUGGAAAUGCAUUCCAGUUCAAAUACAAUGCAGGAGAUUUCUUUCAGCAAAUUAUGGACUUUACCCGUGACUUCGCGAGUGCUCCGCUGUUUAAACUCUGGAUAGGACCAAUCCCAUUUGUGAUCCUGUUUCAUCCUGAAACAGUUGAGGUAACGUUACAGCCUCUUAUAAAGAUGGAAAAAAACAUGGUCUUGUGUUCUCUCACACCCUUUAACUCUCAUUCAUGCCUCCUUCUUUUGGUUAGCACUGGCCUUAAGUGGCGUCAGCGGCGGAAGAUGUUAACACCCACCUUCCACUUCUCCAUCCUGACGGACUUCCUGGAAGUUAUGAACGAGCAGGCAGAGAUCCUGGUGGAGAAGCUGGAGAAGCAGGUGGGGAAGGGUCCAUUUGACUGUUUCAGCCACAUAACCCUGUGUGCCCUGGACAUCAUCUGUGAAACUGCAAUGGGGAAAAAGAUCUAUGCCCAGAGUAAUUCCGACUCAGAGUAUGUUAAGUGCGUGUACAAAAUGAGUGACAUUGUCAGCCGCAGACAGAGGAGUCCUUGGUUAUGGCCUGACUUUGUGUACAACUACUUUGGUGAGGGUCGGAAGCAUGACAAGACCCUCAAGAUCCUGCACUCCUUCACAUACAAAGUGAUACACGAAAGAAUGGAGAAUAUUUCCUUAGAUGAAUCAGACAGCGACUCGGACAAGGGCACAAAGAAAAGACGAGUAUUUCUGGACAUGCUCUUGAAGACCAAAUAUGAGGAUGGCAGCAAAAUGAGCCAUCAGGACAUUCAGGAAGAAGUUGACACCUUUAUGUUUGAGGGACAUGAUACUACAGCGGCCUCGAUGAACUGGAUCAUACAUCUGCUGGGCUCCCACCCUGAGGCGCACAGGAAAGUUCAACAAGAGCUUCAGGAGAUCUUCGGUACAUCUGACCGGCCCGUAAACAUGGAGGACCUGAAGAAGCUCAAAUACCUGGAGUGUGUGAUCAAGGAGGCGCUGAGACUGUUUCCCUCUGUGCCUUUUUUUGCCCGCAGCAUCGGUGAAGACUGCCACAUCAAUGGUUUCAAGGUGCCCAAAGGUGCCAAUGCCAUCAUCAUUACCUACUCUCUCCACCGUGACCAGCGAUACUUCCCUGACCCUGAGGAGUUCAGGCCUGAGCGCUUCCUACCUGAGAACUCAGUGGGAAGGCCUCCGUAUGCGUACAUCCCCUUUUCCGCUGGACUCCGCAACUGUAUCGGUCAACGUUUUGCACUUAUGGAAGAAAAGGUGAUCUUGGCGUCCAUUCUGCGUAAGUAUAACAUUGAAGCUUGUCAGACACGUGAAGAGCUGCGGCCGCUAGGAGAACUCAUCCUGCGACCAGAGAAGGGCAUCGUGAUCAAACUGGAAAAGAGGAAACCUCUAACCUCAUCAAACUAGCAGCUUCUCCGGUUCAUAGAAGUUAUUUUCUAAAUUUUCUUUCCUUCCUGGCCUUUAUUUACAGAACAUCCUGCCCAAUUCUAAUAAUGGUGGAAAAAUACCCUUAGGGAGACUAGAGACGGGUUAAAAACAAUUUUUUUUGUCCACCAGCCUAAUGGCUAGGGAAUGUUUAAAUUUUCCCAGCCAAUCAAUAGAUGAGCAUUGUUUUGUUUUUUGGUCUACCAGCCACUUAUAUUUUACCAGCAUUUGGCUAGUAGAUGGUGCUAGUUUUGAACCCUGGUAGGGACCAUGGUGUUUAAACUUAAACUUUAGAAUCUACUCAUCAUUAUGGUCAUUAUUACAAAAUAAUAACAUAAUUACAAAAAUAGAACCACAUGAAAAUAAAUUGAGAUCUAUUUUUAACAUUGUUAGUUUUAGAGAAAUAACUACUAUACAUGAUGUACUAUUCUGGGUCCAUAUAUCGACAACUCUGCACUAUUGUUGUAUCACGAAAAU